CGGUGAGGGCGGCGAGCGGGGUAUAUAAAAUGGCGGGAACAUGACGGGCUUUCUUUCGCAAGAUGGCCGAGUGCAUGGAGGGUGGUGUCUCUGAGCGCUGCACAGUGACAGCGGAGAAAAGGGGGGAGGUGACAGGAGGUACGGUCAAAGAGGUGACUUCCAUAUCGGGUGCAGGUGGUGAGAGCACAGCCUCAAUUAAGGACGGUGCGGAGGAGAUGACGUCAAAGGAUUACUACUUUGACUCUUACGCACACUUUGGCAUUCACGAGGAAAUGUUGAAGGAUGAAGUCCGCACUUUGACCUACAGAAACUCCAUGUACCACAACAAGCACCUCUUCAAGGACAAGAUUGUGUUGGAUGUUGGCAGUGGAACGGGAAUCCUCUGCAUGUUUGCAGCGAAGGCCGGUGCCAAGAAAGUCAUUGGGAUCGAAUGCUCAAACAUCUCUGAGUACGCUGAGAAGAUAAUUAAAGCCAAUCACCUUGAUCACGUUAUCAGCAUCAUCAAAGGCAAGGUUGAGGAGGUGGAACUGCCGGUGGAGAAGGUGGACAUUAUCAUCAGCGAGUGGAUGGGCUACUGCCUCUUCUACGAAUCCAUGUUGAACACUGUCAUCUACGCCAGAGAUAAAUGGCUGCACCCGGAUGGCCUGAUUUUCCCUGACCGAGCUGCUCUGUACGUCACCGCAAUCGAAGACCGCCAGUACAAAGACUACAAGAUUCACUGGUGGGAGAAUGUGUAUGGGUUCGAUAUGUCCUGCAUCAAAGACGUUGCCAUCAAGGAGCCUCUGGUGGAUGUUGUUGACCCCAAGCAGCUGGUGACAAAUGCAUGUCUCAUCAAGGAGGUGGAUAUCUACACAGUGAAAGUUGACGACCUGUCCUUCACCUCACCGUUCUGCCUGCAAGUCACCCGCAACGACUAUAUCCACGCCCUGGUAGCUUACUUCAACAUCGAGUUCACCCGCUGCCACAAGAGGACAGGGUUUUCCACAGCCCCCGACGCCCCCUACACACACUGGAAGCAGACGGUGUUCUACAUGGAGGACUAUCUCACUGUCAAGCGAGGCGAAGAGAUCUUCGGGACAAUCUCCAUGAAGCCGAAUGCCAAAAACACCCGAGACCUAGACUUCACCGUGGAUGUAGAAUUUAAAGGCCAGCUGUGCGAGUUGUCCUGCUCCACGGAUUACAAGAUGCGUUAGGUUCUGUCUCCUCGCCCCCACCAACCCCCCCCCACCCCACCACCUUUCCCCAUCCCCCUGCCUGCUCGCCAGCCACACCGUCCACACAUAUCGCUCCACAGGCUCCAUCGAGGGUGGCUGAAAGUAGUGCUGUAUUCCGUAGAUUUAAAAUGCUCCUCAUUUAAACAUUAGGGCCUGGCUGGCGGGCGGUUUCGCUGUGUGUGUGCGUGCGUGCGGGAGUGGGGGUGGUGGGGGGGAGGCUGG